AUGCGGGCAGAUCGGCUUGGGGUAGCCACGAUUAGGCCAUCUGCCGUGACGGUGGUGAAGUAUUUGUUACCCAGGUGUACAUCCAGCACAGAGACGCAGGAGUAGAGGCCCCUGUCAAUGACACAUUCAUUUGUAGCGACUUGGGGGGAGAAAGGCGCAAACAGCGGCAUUUUCGAAGGGAUAGCAGCAGGGAGCAGCGAGGAGGACACAGAGGGCUACGCAGGGAAAGGAGAAGGAAGGACAUACAUGCCGUCACGAGGAAAGCCGCGAAAAAUAGCGGAAGGACGGGCAGGAUGGGCGCAAGUAAGACUUACAAAAAUAAGCCUUCUUCGAAGUGCAAUCUGGUAUAACUGGGCUGGAGCGAUACAGAGACACAGAGAGAAAAAGAGAGAAAGAGAGAGCGAGAACCACGGCGUAUGCGCACAAAAGAAUACCCCAUACGCCUUGUGCUUGCCCGUCGCUACACUUGAGCAGCUCCUCCAGUGCUUACCCAGAACUGGAGGAACGUUUUCUGGAAACAGCGAAGAUCCCCAAAGCAUUGUGCCAUCUCCUCCAAUGCAAACCACGAAGUCUACAGCGGCUCCCAAGCCGGGGGGAGCAGCCUGGCACCUUAUCGUUGGUCUGAAGUGUUUCGCAACAGCAGCAGCAGCAGCCUCCCGUGCAAGCCGUAAGCAGCAGCAACCGCAACAGCAGCAGAAGAAGAAACAGAAGAGGAAGAAACAGAAGAAGAAACAGAAGAAAGUGGGAAGACAGGGCGAGAAAGGGGCAAGGGACUGCGUGAGGCACCGCAAAAAACGCAAGACAGCUGCCUCCUCCGUUGCCUUCUUCCCUCGCAGUGUUCUCCGUCCUUUGUUUGCAAGGCAAAAGAAACACCGUGAGACGCUGCGAUAG